AUGUCGCGAGCCAAGGAAGCUGUGGUGGUGCUGCUGGACGUGGGCGCCUCUAUGCGCGUGCCGCUGCGCGAGCGCGUGGCCGCUAGUGACAAGAACCGACAAGACCCGGGCGACGAGCUGCAGCACACGCGCUUCGCGGCCUCCAUCGCCGCCGUGGAGGGCGUCGUCCAGCAGAAGCUCUUCUUCAAGCCCAAGGACGAGGUCGGCAUCGUCGCCUACGGAUCGGAAGAUACGGACAACCAGCUGAAUGAGGAGCAAGGCGAGAGCGAGUAUCGGAACGUGCAGGUGGUGAACUCCAUCGACUCGCCGACGCUGCACAUGAUUAAGAGGCUGCGAGAGCUCAAACCGUCCAGAAGUGAGGACACGAAGGUGGACAUCCUGGACGGGCUGAUCGUGGCGCUGGACUUGCUGUUCCGUCGGACGGACGGCAAGAAGUACGACAAGCGGCUGAUGGUCAUUACCGACGCGGCUGCGAAGAUCGCGGACGCAGGGGACUUGGAGUCGGUCGUGACGAUGAUUCAGAACAUGGAAGUCAAGCUGCAAGUGAUUGGACUCGACUUCCAGCAUACGACAAUUAAGCCUCAAAAGGAUAAAGAAGGAGAUGAAGAGAUGCCGGAGGCCAACGUGAAGGACGAACCUGAUGCAGGUGGAGCACCUGGACCAGAGCGAAUUAAGGCUGAGAAUGAAAAGAUGCUCGUGUCUAUCGCGAAUGAAGUUGGAGGCGAAGUGUGCUCGGUGUCCAAGCGCAUGCACUUACUUGCUCAAGGGAUGAAGAAAACGGUGGCCCUGACGACAAAAUUUCGUGGUCCGCUGGAGUUUGGCGACGCACUGGGAAUUCCUGUCUAUUGCUACUUGAAGACCAAGACUGCGACAUUGCCAACUCUGUCAAAGGAAUCGCAAAGCUCGUAUGAGAAGGAGGCGGCCGGAAAAGUGAAACUCGACCGGCGCUAUACCUCCCCACAGAAUAUCGACGAAGAAGUCCCUCCAGACCAACAAGUGAAAGCGUAUCGCUACGGCGCGGAGAAGGUUCCGUUUGCUUCGGCCGACGUUGAAUUCUUCAAGUUUCAGACGGAGAAGUCGCUCAAGGUGCUGGGCUUUCUGGAUAAAGCGCAGAUCAAUCACGCCAAGUUCGUGGCUGGCACCGAUAUCUUCGUUGCUGAACCGGGGAAGCCGCAUGCUGCGACGUGCUUCGCCGCGUUAAUCGACGCGAUGGUGGAGCUGGACCAGGUGAUCGUGGCCCGCUUCGUCGCGAGAAAGAAUGCUGCGCCUAAGAUCGUGGCUCUCAUCCCCCACGCUCCGUCCUCUGGUCAGGGUGAAAACUACUACGCGAUGUGGUCCCAGCAGCUGCCGUACGAAGAAGACGUGCGCAACUACGAGUUUGCUCCGUUGAAGUCGCGCAAGUACACUCCGACUGACGGGCAGCAGGCCCUCGCGGAUAAACUAGUCGACAGCUUGAGUAUCCGCGAUGAUAAGGCCGACGAGGUGGGCGCGUGCUUCAACCCCGUGAUUCGGCGCUUCUUUCACGCGGUGUCGAUGCGUGCACUGGACGAGUCUGCUGGAGUUCCUGCCCUCCCAUCCUACAUGGAGGCUAGUUUGAAGAUGGAUCCUGCACGUCAAGAGAAGAUUUCGAGUUUAAUCGAGAAUUUCGGCGACGCUUUCCAGCUGAAGGAAGCGGUGAAGAAGGCGAAGGACCGCAAGAAGAAGUCGUUCUGGAGUGAUGUACCUGCCGCCUCUGUGAAAGAGGAGGACCUCAAGGAGGAGCAUGACGACGCCGCUGGAGGAGAUAACGCUGGCUCUGACUUGGAGCUCGACCUGGACGAGCUCUUGGAUAGCGGAGACGUCACCAGCGUGGGCUCCAUGAACCCCAUCGCCGACUUCGAAGAGCUGGUCGAGUCUUCCAAGUCGAAAGCGAGUCGUCGUCAGCAGCUCACCACAGCCGUCACUGGCAUGGAGACGCAGAUCGAGAAGUUCCUGAGCCAGAGCGGGUCGGAGUUCUACCCCAAGGCGCUGCAGUGCUUGACGCACUUCCGUAAGCGCAGUGUCGAGAUCCAGUACUCGUCGCAGUUCAACGAAUUCCUGACCAAGCUGAAGACUGUGCUGACGGAAGACUCGGAUGCGUGGAAGGCGGUGAAGAGCGCGGACAUCUCACUGCUCACGUCGGCGGAUGAUCCGAGUGUCGACGUCUCAGCCGCCGAAGCGCGCGCGUUCCUGUACGGCGAGGAAGAAGUGGACGUCAACCUGGCUGCAGCGUCGCUGUCGUCGCAACUCGAGGCCAUGGAGGAGGAAGACGACAUGUUCGCCGACUUUGAGUAA